AUCUGACCUGUUUACGCGCCCCGAUUUAGAUGGCGGGUAAUAUAUGCGUUACGUUUACGGUACUCAUUGAAUAGGCGGUGCUUCGAAAUAUUAAAAAAUAGCUCUUUCUCGUUCACUAAUUAAUUACAUUAUUCCUUAUUUUUGUAGAGCAUCAAAGAAAUCAAGCGGCUAAAAUACCGAAUGAAACGAAAUCACUAUAUUCUGCAAUUCUGAAGAAUUCAAUAAGGAUACACAGUUUCGCAAUUUCGCCGGAACUUCUCAUAUUGGCGCCAAAACCCGCGCGCCGUAUACCUGGCAAUCGGUGGCAACUGUCGAACGAGAGUCAAGCACUAAGAAAAAGGUAAUUUUACGAUAAUUUUUAAAUAUGACAUAGCAAUUUUUAAUGUAUAAAUGUAAGCUAGAUGAUACGAUUCGAGUGGGGAGAUAUGGUUCAUUGCAGACUACUUCCAGGUAAGGGAGGUACGCCCCUUUAAACAGUCCUUUAAAUAUCUGUAACUAUUUUCAAUAGCACAAGAUAUUAAAUUCGUAGUGGAAACGAGCAUCAUUGUCAAAUAUUUUAAUGUACUAGUAAACUAAGUAAAGGUGUUCCACGUAGGUAUUUAUAUGCUGUGAAAGGAAGACAAGUUGGCUAAUUCGGCAUAAAUCAGUAUAGAUGCCCCGAAUAAAGCAAUUUCAAUAGUCGCAUUAGAUUUCAAAGCAAGAUGUUGUUUGUCCCAAAACAGAAGCUGUCUAUUGCAUUCGUAAUGCGUAUACUAGCGAACUGCUUGAUAGUUUAAUAGCUUCACUGUUAAGAAAUCCGAAGGAGUGACAGUUAAGCCCUCCCAGGAACAGAUUACAGCUGGUACAAGAAUAUCUAGACCAAUGGAUGAGCCAGAUAAGUAUAAAUAUGAUCUCUAGCUAGAUAAGUGUAAAUAUGGUGAAAAAUAUACAUCUUAAAAGGUGAUUUAAGAUAUUAACGGAGAAGUGAAUCUUAUCACCUCAGUAUGGUAGUUUUUGCACAAUGGCUUUUACAACUAAUUUCCAUUUAAUUUAAUAUAUCAGCCACGGUUCGUUUACGCUGCCUGUGUCGAAGAGGUGCACAGCUAACCAACCACUAUUUCAUAUCACAGUAGUGCCCUGGUAACUAAUUGCUAUUCGCGCGAUAGCGCGCUCGUAAAGCGGUUGUCUAGUAAACGCGCGAUACGCAAGGAGGUCUAUAUUCGAAUCCGGGCGUAUACACGUUUGUUCUGAGCUGGAAGCGGCCAACCAUCAGAAGCAAUGCCUAACGGGUUAAAUAUCCGAGGUAAAAUUCAGAGCAAUUGCCUCAUUGUAUUGUCGCGGCUCUUUACCAGUCUACAGGAUGGACGUUUCCGAUCUUCGUGCGGGCCCGUCGCACGUCAAGGACGCGAUGGGCGAACAGUGUCAGAAAAUGUUUCAGGAAUUUCUUGAAGAAUGGGUGGAUGAAAAAAAUGCAAAGAAGUACACGGAAGAAGCGUUUCUACUUCUCAAACCUGAAAGAGAUACACUAACUGUCAGUAUGGCCGAUGUGGAACGUUUUUCCCAGAACCUUUCCAACGUCAUUAUUGAAGAGUAUUAUCGAGUGUAUCCGUACCUUUGUCAUGCUGUGAAGAAUCUUGUUCGCGAUCGAAGUGACAGCCCAGUCGAUAAGGACUUUUAUGUUGCCUUCACCGAAGUAAGUACAGCACACAAGGUACGUGAGAUGACCAUGCUGCGAUUGGGUUCGUUGAUCAAGAUUACCGGCCAAGUCGUCCGUACACACCCCGUACAUCCGGAGCUUGUCUCUGGUACUUUCCAGUGCCUUGACUGCCAAACAUGGAUUCCUGGAGUGGAGCAACAGUUCAAAUACACCGAGCCCUCUAUUUGCCCCAACCCGGUCUGCAAUAAUCGUUCAAGGUUUUUGUUAGACACGUCCAAAUCGAAGUUUGUGGAUUUUCAGAAGGUUCGUAUCCAGGAAACACAAGGAGAGCUGCCCCGAGGAAAUAUACCCCGCAGUGUUGAGGUUGUGGUUCGUGCCGAGGCCGUCGAAACGGCACAGGCCGGAGACAAGUGUGAAUUCAUCGGCACUCUCAUUGUUGUACCUGAUGUAAGCAAACUGAGCACACCUGGUCUGAAGGCAGAGCGCGCUAGUAGCAAGCAGCAACAGGGUUUUGAGAAUGAGGGAAUCUCCGGUCUUCGCAAUCUUGGCGUUCGAGAAAUGGGCUAUCGUACGGCGUUCUUGGCGUGUACAGUCGAGCCUUGUAAUACAAGUAUGGCAAACCGCCACGACGAUGGUACUGAAUUGACACCGAACGAAGUUCGAAAAAAUCUCCAGCCUCAGCACUGGGACAAAAUCUACGAGAUGUCGCAAGAUCGCGAGCUAUACAAGAACCUUUGCGACUCCUUGUUUCCUUCAAUUCAUGGCAACGACGAAAUAAAACGUGGCAUCCUCAUUAUGCAAUUUGGUGGCGUGCCCAAAAAGACCGCCGAAGGCACAACGCUUCGUGGCGAUAUUAACAUUUGUAUUGUUGGCGAUCCUUCAACUGCCAAGUCCCAGUUUCUCAAACAAGUUGCCGACUUUACGCCACGUGCCAUCUACACAUCAGGUAAAGCCUCGACGGCAUCCGGCCUCACAGCUGCGGUUGUUCGGGACGACGAAAGCCACGAAUUCGUUAUCGAAGCUGGUGCCCUAAUGCUUGCUGAUAACGGCGUGUGUUGUAUUGACGAGUUUGACAAGAUGGACCCAAAGGAUCAGGUUGCGAUUCACGAGGCUAUGGAGCAGCAAACGAUCUCGAUCACAAAAGCCGGUGUCAAGGCGACGCUGAAUGCGCGUGCCUCGAUUCUUGCUGCUGCCAAUCCCAUUAAUGGGCGUUAUGACCGGACGAAGUCCCUGCAGCAGAACAUUACUCUGUCCCCGCCUAUCAUGUCACGGUUUGAUCUGUUCUUCGUUUUGAUCGACGAUUGCAACGAUAUCACUGACUACGCCAUUGCACGAACUAUCGUUAAUUUGCAUCAGACUGGCAUGGAAGCAAUGGAGAAAAGCAAGGUUUACACUCGCGAAGAGAUCCAGCGUUAUAUUCAAUUUGCUCGUAUGUUUAAGCCAAAAAUGACUGAGGCAGCUAAGGAUUAUCUGGUUGAACAGUACCGCCAUCUUCGACAGAGAGACUGUGGAGGUGUGUCCAAGUCAGCGUGGCGAAUCACCGUACGUCAGCUCGAGUCAAUGAUUCGUCUUGCCGAAGGAAUUGCGCGCAUGCACUGCCUGGACGAAGUCAAAGAGAAACACGUCAAAGAGGCAUUUCGCCUUCUUAACAAGUCGAUUAUCCGAGUAGAACAGCCUGAUAUCCACCUUAUCGAAGAAGAAGAGGAUGAACCUCAAAUGGACGUCGACAUGGAAGACAAGGAGAACCAAUCGAUGGAUGCCCAGGCUGGUAGCCAAGCAAAACCAAAACGCCAUCUCUCUAUUCAUUUCGAAGAAUAUCGCGCAAUUGCUAACCUUCUCGUAUUUGCUAUUCGGCAAAAGGAUACCGAAGAGGAGGAAGGUACAAUGAAUAAGGAAGAGCUUCUAAACUGGUAUCUCGAACAAAUGGAAAAAGAAAUCGACGACGUUGACCAGCUAAUGGCUAAAAAGGAGCUGUGCGAUAAAGUCAUCGAUCGGCUAAUUGCCGACGGCAUUCUGCUAAAGAUUGGAAAGGUCGGAUUGAGGGGUGACGGCGAAGAGACGCUUGAGCAGCCCGUCAUAGCGGUCCAUCCCAACUAUGUUGCCACCGACUGAAAUGAAAGCUAA